AUGGGAGUGCCCAUGAUCAAGAAGUGCUGUUUUUGUGCCACACUACACACUGGCACUCUCAUCAUAGCCUAUCUGUAUAUGGUAUGGGCCCUGCUUGAAUUAACCGGGUACUGUCUGCUGGUGACGCUGGCUCCAAUCGGGCAAGACGGCAAGGUUUCAGCCCAUCGCUAUGUAUUGUACGUUGCUGCGGCCAUAGUCAGUGGUAUACAUCUACUUUGUUCCCUAUUGCUCCUUGUAGCUGCUUAUAAGAAACUAGCAUCACUGACGCUGCCCUGGACUAUAGUGACUGGAAUAUUGACAGCGCUGUUUUUCGUGAUGUGCCUUACGGGUAUAAGUUUGAUCCUGCAGGACUCUGGGAAAACCUUAGAAAUAGAAAUCGUGGUUAUAGCUGUGCAUCUUACUAGAGCUUGUAUUUCUGUUUAUUGUAUUGUCGUGGUACAUAGUCGACAUAAAGAGAUUAUGUACGAAAAAGACGAAGCUCGAUUUCAAGGUUCAGCAAGAAUGUAUUAUCCAGUGAAGACUUCUGAUUAUCCUGUGGUAUUUUAA